AUGAUUGUUUUCAAGGCUCACUUUCUUCUACCACUGUUGCAGCUCUCAGCAGUGGCCGUUCCAGAACGAGGCCUCAAGGUCAGUCACCACUCCGACGGCCUUGUCGUGCGGAGGCUUUCCGAUGAUCCAUUGCACACUCUCCAUACGGUCGAGACGUUGAACAUGGAAGCUUCUCUGGUUGUUCUGGAGUUUGUGCACGUUGCUCGCGGUGGUUACACGUCCAGCAGCUUCAGUAGUUUGCUUACUGCAAUUGAGAUGACGCAGAGUGAUUUAACCACAGGCAACCCAAGCAAGCAUUUGGUAGCGCCACCAAAUGCGGAAACAGCUGCGCAGUUGCAGCACGUUGUAGACACCACAAACUCAAUGCACGCAUUUCUUCGUGGCAACAUCGGUAGUGUUGCCUCUACUUCAACAGCAGUCUUGACCAAUCUCGACACAAGCUACAAAGCAUUGGUCGAGGAGUAUGACCAGUUGAUCGUGCAGUAUCAGGCAUAUGCCAAGAUGGCUGGAAUUGCUGAGAAACAGGUCGAAGCUUAUGCCUAUCGGCUUCUCUCCUAUUCGGUAAGGCUUGCGGUGGAGUGCAGCUUUAUUUUGCUCAACAUCGCAGAGGCCCAACACCUUGAAGAGUUGCAGGGCUUGCAGGUGCUCUUUUCGUCUCUUCUCGAAAGCAUCAUCUGGGGAAAUGUAGUUGCAGAUCUUCCAGAUCUUACCAAUGUUUGCCCGUUGCAAAAAGUCUUGACGGUGUCCAAGAUUUGGUUUGAAUUCGAGACCCAACUGCAACCGGUGCGAAAUCUGGAGACUUCUGUGAGCUCCGAAGGCAUCAUGGAUUCUGUUUGCCAGGCUUCACUGCUCCUUCGAGCCACUAUGCAGGCCUUCAUAGAUCAGCUUGAUCAGCCUGAUUGCAAUCCCUUGCAAGGUAUGGAUGCAGCCCUGUGGAGAAAUGGCAUCCAAGAAGUGAAUCGAUUCCGACAGCUGGUCGCCAAAGCCGCUCGCAUCUACAUGCAGGCCUUGGCCACCAGGGCGAGCGAUAGCAGCCAGGACGAGGAGCUCUUGGGGCUGACGAAGACUAUGUCAGAUGGGCAAGUGGCAAUCGCCAAUGCCUACAAAGGUUCAUAUCUUACGCAUGUACCAGUGGCCCCCACACAAGAGCUGGUGGAGUUGCUCAAGACGGUCUAUGAUGCAUGGCUCGGGUACAAACGCAACUUGGAACGAGUCAUACAGAAGGAGACAAGCAUUUCGCAGGAACAUAUGACCAACUAA